AUGCCGUUCUACUUUCAUUGUAUUUGUCCCAACUUCAAGAAACAACCUUCCGUCGUGCUCAAGGAUCUCGUUGAACCACAGUGUCGUGCACAGCGUCUAAUUCGGCAAGUGGAAAUUUGUAGGAAUCCACCGUCAUCAUACCCGGCAAUUGAAAUCUCGAAAAGCACCGCUCUAGCGAGAGACACUAGUCUGUUGAGGGAGAUCUACGUUUUGGAUAACGUGGCUAGUGAUGACAGCAACUUGUUGAAUUGGCUCAGCGAUCUUCUAUAUAGCGAAGACUACCCGAAUCCAGAGAAAAGUGUUUCUUCUUCAUCGAUGGUAAUCUGA